AUGACAUCGGCUUCGUCUCCCGGCAGUGCCAACAGACUUAUUAUCGCUUUGGAUUUUGGAACCACGUAUUCGGGUAUUGCCUACGCUUUCUCCAACGACAAAGUCGGCUUGCCUGUUUCCAUCGAUAAUUGGCCCGAUCAAUGGUCAUCGACUUACAACACUGCAGGAGAAGAGGGCAGGCGUCCUGUCAAAAUCCCUACGCUGGUCUAUUAUGACAGUUCGGAUUCCAGCAAAUUCUCCUGGGGCGCAAAAGCCGGUGCUUCAGCCAGCAGAGUUGCCGCGGUCAAGCUUCUCCUCGAUCCCUCACAGCCACGACCAAAAUAUCUUCCUGAUCUCGACGCUGAGGGUGAGAUUAGCAAACUACCGAAACCACCCCUCGAAAUUGCCGCAGAUUUCAUCGGAGCGAUAUACAAGCAUGCGAUUUCGGAAAUGGAAAAAAAGCUAUCCGUGGAGUACAUUGCGUCCUAUCCCAAGGACUAUGUUAUGACUGUGCCGGCUGUUUGGUCAGACGCUGCUAAGAAUGCCACACUGCAGGCAGCCGAGUUGGCAGGUCUCAAUCCUGUUCACUUAAUCAAGGAGCCAGAGGCGGCAGCUUUGUGGACUACCAAGCAGCUAGACAUCGCCCUUCUUCCAGACGACGCAUUCGUCGUUUGCGACGCUGGUGGUGGCACAGUUGAUCUGAUCUCAUACCAAGUCGAGGAGACGCUGCCACACAUUCGCGUCAAGGAACUUGUACCAGGCACGGGCGGACUGGCCGGAUCCCUAGGCCUCAACCAGCGCUUCGAUGAUGCCGUUAGACGCCUUGUGGGCAAGGAGCAGUGGAGGGUGCUACAGUCAAGUAAAGGUUAUAACUAUGCGGCUAAAUACUUUGAUAGAGAUGUCAAGAGGAACUUCAUGAACAGAGAAGACGAUGAGUACUUUGUUUCUUUCCCUAUGGCUAAACUCCGAAACGAUCCUGAUCGUGGCCUGGAGUCGAAUUGUUGGGCGAUGGCGAGGGUGCCCCCUCUUAGGGAAGAUACGAAGGUUAUAUUCGAUCCUAUAAUCCAAGAGGUUCUCUCUUUAAUCGAGGGGCAAGUCGAAGGGGCAAAGGCUAAACUAGGGGGUAAAAGCCCAAAGUAUAUAUUCCUGGUCGGUGGAUUUGGCGCCAGUCUGUAUUUGCUACAACGGGUUGUGGAAAAGUAUCCCGAUAUCCAAGUUUUGCAACCACCCGAGGCUUGGGCCGCUAUUGCCAAGGGCGCCGCACUCUACAAAAUGUCAAACCGAGCGAUUGUAACGAGUUCGUCAGCAACCCGUCACUACGGAGUCUCGACUUGGGGCCUCUAUGAUGAGUCUCGUGACAGAGGUCAACCUACAUUACCAUUCAAGGAUGAUACCAUCAGAACCGAAAUAAUGCAAUGGUACAUCAAUAUCGGAGACGAUCUCUUAAGACACAGGCAAAUCAAAUUUCCGUUUUGUCGGAAACUUGACGAGGGCUACACCUCUGAUGGCCUUCGAUUCACAGACCAUCUUUAUGAAUGUGAAAAUGACCCAGCCCCUGUGCAUCCUUUGAAGGUCGGAACAUUCCGUAUUAACUGCACCAUUACCUCUGAUUUCUCCGGGGCUCCACGGGACAAGUUCGUCAAGAAAACAAAUAAAUGCGGACAAGUAUACUAUGAAUUGAGUUAUGACCUGGUUUUAACAUUAGACGGUGCUCUAAUGAAGCUUUCCCUGGAGAUGGAUGGGCAAUCCUAUGGGUCAGUGGAGGCCAAGUAUCAUAUAUAAUAGGCGAGGGGUAGAACGACAGAAGAGCAUUAGCAGGCAACGGCUUGCAUAUAUUUAAAUAAAUUUCUGCAUUGUGCCACCCA